AUGCAACCCAAUAUUCGUAGUGCAUUGUUUGAUGUUGCACUACAAUUAAGUGGAACGGCAACGCCACAACCAUCGACGAAUAUGUUAUUAUUAUCAUCUACAAAUUCAAAUUCACGUUCACCACGUCGUACACAAUCAACUGUUCAAGAUCGAUCACACCAAUCUUGCCCAACGGGUCAGAAUUUUAUACCACGUUGCAGUUUAACACCAUUUUUAAUACAAUCUAAACGAAAUCAUACCGUCGUUCCUAGAGUAAGAAUAUUAAGAGACAUAGCAACACAAACAGAAUCUAAUGAGACAUCAGAUGAUCUAACAUCGUCCAUUCAACGUCCAUCUAGUUUAAAUCUAGUAUCGAAUGACUUGUGUAUAUCAGAAACAAGAGAUUAUACUUACACUGAACCAGCGACGUCUUCAUCAUCAUCGGUAUCAACAAAAAAUUCUAGUGUUAUUAAAUCAACUUUACUCGGACUAUGGAACGGUUUGAAUAAUGAUGAUAACAAUAUAAUUAGAUCAGCAGCCACUUCACCUAUUGAUAGUAAAUAUUAUGAAGAUAAAGCACGAACGAAUACACCAAAUUGGAAAGCUUUUACUAAAGUGGUGACGUCAUUAUUGCAUUUUACAAGAAAAAAAGAACGCUAUGAAUGGAUUCAAUUAGUGGGUCAUGCAGGUGCAUUUAAAGAAGGUUAUCAUGAUGGAUUUAUACUCAAAGAAUUGUGUGAACAAGAACGACAAUGUUUUGAAUUACUUCAAACAGAUGCACUAAGAACAUAUGUUCCACGUUAUAUUGGUACUGUGCACGAUGACGAAGGAAAAGAUUAUAUUCAAAUUCAAGAUUUAUUAGCUACAUUUCGUGAUCCAUGUAUUAUGGAUUGUAAAAUUGGUGUACGAACAUAUCUUGAAGAAGAUUUGGCAAAAUCUGAGAAAGAUCCAGAACCAAGACAUGAUCUUUAUAAUAAAAUGAUACAAGUUGAUCCAUUAGCGCCCACAGCCGAAGAAAAUGAAAUACAAAAAGUUGUAAAACCACGUUAUAUGAUGUGGCGUGAAACAUUAAGUUCAACAGCUGAACUUGGAUUUCGAAUUGAAGCAAUUAAAAAAUCACGUGGCUUAAUGUCAAAAGAAUUUCAACGGACUAAACUUCGAGACGAAGUCAAAAAACAAAUAAUGGAAUUCAUUGGAAAUUCAUUGCCUAGAGCGUUGAUUGGUUCUUCGUUACUGUUCGUUCAUGAUAAUAACGAAGCAUCAAUAUGGAUGAUUGAUUUUGGAAAAACCCAACCACUAAAACCGGGAAUAAAACUCACACACGAUCGAUCAUGGAUUCGUGGUUCACAUGAAGAUGGUUAUUUAAUUGGUAUUAAAAAUUUAAUUGAUUUAUUUACAGAUAUUAUUGAAGAUAUGAGAACAACAACGAUAACAAAAAAAAGAAUUGAAUGA